UGGUCAUGAUUUGGUGUUUUUGCUUAGCGUCGCCGCGGCUUGUCGGUGUCUGUUACGCGUAAAGCUCGGGCUUUAAAUGCAGAGGCAUUCCGGUACUUCUUCAUUUAGAUCGCGUGAAUGAAAAAUGCUUUCAUAGCUUCAGAGAGGCUUUCCCCGUCAUGACUUCACCGGGCCGUCCCUCCAGUUGAAUGGGAUCCCUCCUCAUCGCUUUGGCACCGACUCUCUCUUCAGCUGCCCAUCUUCUCCAAGCCCCAGUUUCAGGAAUCUGAGAGCUUUUUAGUUUCUCUGAUCAGUUCAUUAAUGCUUUGAUGCGAAAUCCGCCGGUCUGAUCGACAGAAGAGCGACGCCGUUAAAUCUCCGGUAGCCUGCGCUUCACGGCCUCGGCUAUGGGGGGAUCCAAGAGUAAGUCCAAGGAUGUAGGCCAGCGAACCCGCAGCCUCGAUGGCAACCUCAGCUCGGGUGGAGGGGCUGGCGGCCACCACCUCAACUCCACUCAGCAAUCCCUAACACCAAACCGUAGCCCCACUGUGGAUGCAGGUCUCAGUGGCAAUCAGUCAAUGGCUAAUAAUGCAGAACUGGCACUCUUUGGAGGUGUGGACAGUAACAGUGUCACCUCACCGAGCAGAAUAACAUUAGCAGGAGGCGUCACAACCUUCGUGGCGUUAUACGACUAUGAGUCUCGAACAGCGACAGAUCUGUCUUUCAGGAAGGGCGAACGGCUCCAGAUAGUAAACAAUACGAGGAAGGUGAACUGCAGAGAAGGGGACUGGUGGCUGGCGCGCUCCCUGACCACUGGAGAAAGCGGUUAUAUCCCCAGCAAUUACGUGGCUCCAUCUGACUCAAUCCAGGCAGAAGAUCAUCUCAAACUGGCUCUAGAGUCCAGGUGGUACUUUGGCAGAAUCACACGCCGCGAUUCUGAGAGGCUGCUGCUGAGUUUAGAGAACAAGAGAGGGACUUUCCUGGUGCGAGAGAGUGAAACCACCAAGGGUGCCUACUGUCUGUCUGUAUUGGACUAUGACAACACAAAAGGGCUAAAUGUGAAGCACUACAAGAUCAGGAAGCUGGACAGUGGAGGCUUCUAUAUCACAUCACGUACCCAAUUCAACUCACUGCAGCAGCUUGUCAAUCAUUAUCGCAAGCAUGCUGAUGGAUUGUGUCACAGCCUAACAGACGUAUGUCCUGUACUGAAGCCUCAGACUCAGGGCUUAGCAAAGGACGCCUGGGAGAUCCCGAGAGAGUCUCUCCGUCUGGAUGUAAAGCUUGGACAGGGCUGCUUUGGUGAGGUCUGGAUGGGAACAUGGAACGGUACAACACAGGUGGCAAUCAAGACCCUGAAACCUGGCACCAUGUCCCCUGAGGCUUUCCUGCAGGAGGCUCAGGUCAUGAAGAAGCUGAGACAUGAAAAGCUGGUUCAGCUUUACGCUGUGGUGUCUGAGGAACCCAUCUACAUCGUCACAGAGUACAUGGGACAAGGCAGCUUACUGGACUCUCUGAAAGGGGAAAUGGGUAAGGUGCUCCGCCUCCCUCAGUUGGUGGACAUGGCCGCACAGAUUGCUUCGGGAAUGGCUUAUGUAGAGAGGAUGAACUACGUGCACCGUGAUCUUCGAGCUGCUAACAUCCUGGUGGGAGAUAACCUGGUUUGCAAAGUGGCUGAUUUUGGUCUGGCUCGCCUCAUAGAGGAUAACGAAUAUACUGCCAGGCAAGGAGCCAAGUUUCCCAUCAAGUGGACGGCUCCUGAGGCUGCGCUUUACGGCCGCUUCACCAUUAAAUCAGAUGUAUGGUCAUUUGGGAUCCUGCUGACUGAACUGGCUACUAAAGGCCGAGUCCCAUAUCCAGGUAUGGUGAACCGGGAGGUGUUGGACCAGGUGGAGCGUGGGUACAGGAUGCCGUGUCCGGCAGAGUGCCCUGAAUCCCUUCAUGACCUGAUGCUGAGCUGCUGGAGGAAGGAGCCUGAGGAGAGGCCAACUUUUGAGUACCUGCAGAGCUUCCUGGAGGAUUACUUUACCUCCACAGAGCCUCAGUACCAGCCAGGAGAGAACCUGUAACCAAGCCGACAGCAUUCCUGUGCACGCAAUAUGGAUGUGCAAAACUGAGCAUGUGCAUCUUCUUUAAAGUGCAUGGAUAACUGUGUGUGUGGAGGGGUGUUUUUUUCUUGUUUUUUUUUUUUUCUGGUCUAAUGGAGCAGAAAGCUGACAUAUAUUUGAGUACACAGCAAAAUCCAGUCUUUCCAAAGUCUCUCCAACAUGUCCAGUUUGAGGGACUAUUUUCCAGGUAUGGUGUUAUUGUUCACACCCCAAACAAGCAAAGAGGUUUGUCUGCCUUUCAUGUGUUUGUCAGGUGUCUGAAUAAAAAUUCCUCGUGUAUCCCUCCUCUGUUAUUUCACCCGACUGAUCUUAUAGUUGCCACCGUCAGUAAUGCAGCACCAGACUAUGACCGCAUGUCAGUCAAACAUGGGUGUCUGAACAUUGAGUACAAGUUUAGUUACAACAAGAUGCCUCUUUUCAGUGCAUUUUCUUUGGGAUCCCCUUUGAAACACACACACACACUCAAUCUCUGUCUUCCAUUUCUCUGGUCUAGAAGCAACUAUUUGGUACCCACAUUAAUUUCUAAAAUAUCUAAGAGAUCUUUUUUUAAAAUUUUGCUAUUAGACCUGGAUCAACUGGAAAAUUUUCAUGGUAAUAUUUCAGUUUUUAUCACCACGCUUCCCCUGUGCAGCAUUGAGGGUUAUUUUUGGAUUGCUGUGAGAUUUUGUGUGAAACUGAUGUGAAAGUGUCUUUCACCCGCUGGACUAAUUGGUUUAUCACUGUAACCAACAUGCAGGUCGACGCAAAGAAGAGAAGAGGCUACUUCUGUCUCUGUUUCCUAAUUGUGACUUUUCUUAAUCUAGAUAAAUGGCUACUGAUCACUAAAGAUCAUCUCAGGAUGGAGAAAACAAGAAUUCUUCUGUGAGGAUUUUUGUGCCAAUGAAAAAUGUCAUUUGUACUCUUCUGUUGUGUAAAAGUGUAUUUUAAUACUCUGGACUUUCCUUACAGUGAAGCCUGCGCUGUCUAAAUAGAGGUGAUCCCACAUCUGCGAUCACAAUUGGGUCACCAGAGUGCUUUUUUAAUCUGCAGAUUUAUUUUCAAGAAUUCAAAUUCAAAUCAGGUUUUUAUCACCACGUUUCCCCUCUCAGUUCUGAACUUCAUGGAUAUAAAGAGUAUUUUUAAUCAGCAGUAGUAUUUCACUAAUUAGUACAACUUUCGGCACAAUGUCACACUGGAGAUAUUAUCAUUGCGCUCUCAGUGAAGAUGAUAAAUGAGCAGCAGAGAUUUUGUGCUUAGCGUGGUUAUGCCUACCUGAUGCCUAUAGGAGGCAGACUUCAGAGCUUUCCCCAUGAACACAAUGGCAGGUAUAGCAAAGAAAUUGGCUUCUUGAAUCCUAAUUGUAAAUAUUCUUAAUGAUAAUAUUUGUAUAUAUCUUUAUAAUUUAUUCCUUUUAAAAUAACCCACUUUGUUUUUUGUUUUUUUUCCUGGUACUUUUAUGGGUUAAAUAACACCUGACAGUACGAGAAUAAUCAUUAUAGUGACACCUUUCAUCACAAGUUUAUUUGUGCACGUAUUCCAGUGAAACUUUUCUCAGUUGAACAUUAACAUGACAGUUCUUUCUCACCACAGAAUGAUUAUCUACCAGCAUCGAUUCUUCACAUAAUACAAUCAAUACCACAGUGUUUACAUCGUGAUGACCUUUAGAUCAUUUUGAUGCUGCUACAGAGGCUGAGAAACUGGCAGGCAUUCGAGUGUCAUUCCUGUUAAACAUACUGCUGUUAUGAGUGAAUCUGAUCGACAGUGUUGUGCUGCCGUCUUCUGUUAUUCCUCGAGUGGGCUCUCCAGCUGAGAGUUUCCAGACCCCAGACCAACUCCACGCAAAAGUAAUGAGGCAGCCACCACAGACAGGAGCUUAAUAUCUGCACUGCAUCUUCUGUGUCGCUUGGACAAAAGAAUGCAGUGACCUACAAAUGUAGUCGGGUUGGUUGCAUCGUUCCCCUUUCCUGCUGUCUUGUUGAAUGUUUGAGCAAAAAAUAUGGAUAAAGUGCAUGUAAAAGGUCAUAUAAUCAGUAUGCAGCCUUGCUAAUAAGCCAAGGACAUUUCCUGUGGGGUUCUGUGGGUCUCCUUUCUGGCUAUGCAUAUAUUUUUUAAAUCUGUGAUAUUCCUAUAUAUAUAUACUCUUUUCUACUGUAUCCAAUGGGAAUUUUCACACAAAUAACUCUUUGUUAAAUCCUACUGAUUACUGCUCAAAUUUGAAUAAAAUUUGUA